GUGACUUGAGAGAAGAAGAGGAGAUGGGCUGCUGCUCUGCACGGUGCACACUGAUCCUGCUGUGUUGUCUGCAGCUGGUCACUGCAGUGGAGAGGCAGGUGUUUGACUUCCUGGGAUACCAGUGGGCUCCCAUCAUGCUCAACUUCUUUCAUAUCAUCGUGGUCAUCCUGGGCCUGUUUGGAGCCGUCCAGUACCGAUCACGCUACGUGAUCAUGUACCUGCUCUGGAUGUUGUUGUGGGUCGGCUGGAAUGUCUUUGUGAGCUGUCUGUACCUGGAUUUGGGAGGGCUUUCAAAGGACAGUGACGUCCUCUCCCUGGGAAUGUCCCCACAUCGCUCCUGGUGGAAAGACAACGGGCCGGGCUGCGAGAGCCAGAACCUUCCCUCCACCGGGUGGCAGAACCAGCCGAACCCUGAGCUGACCACAGUGAUGAGCUGCUGGCUGGAGCACCAGUACAUAGAAAUCCUGCACUGCAUCACCCAGCUGCUCCUCUCUCUCCUGGGGUUUGUUUACGCCUGCUAUGUGGUCACCUCUUUCUCUGAGGAGGAAGACAGUUUUAAUUUCAUUGGUGAAUUUCAUCAUCCAUCCAAACCUUCUCAGUUGCUCUUCUAGUGCAGUGAUUCAACGACUACAAAUAACAGGAAAGUCUGAGGUUGACUGAGAAGAAACCGGGCAGAAGAUCAAACAACUCCACAGACUCUGGUGAUAUAUCGUCUUUAGCUGUGUGUCUGAGAA